AUGGCAUGCGAUGUCAUAAAUUCAUGGACAUUCACUGGCCUCGUGGGUGCUUUCCUCGAUCUUUUCAUAGCUUAUAUAUUGCUCUGUGGAUCAGCCGUUGCUUAUUUCGCUUCAAAAAUUCUGGGUUUAUUUGGGCUGUCCUUGCCUUGUCCUUGUAAUGGAUUGUUUGGGUACCGAAACAAGAACAUUUGUGUCCAAUCCAAGUUAGUCAACGACCCAUCAAUUAAAAUCUCAUCCGUUCAAUCAUCUGUUAUGAGAAAGAUCCCCUUUGAUUCGAUCUGGAAAGGUUUUUAUCGAGGAGGAGGGGAAGAAGAAGAUGCCGAUUUCGAGAAAUGGCGAAAUUGUGACAUUGAAAUGGGAGGGGAAGCCUCUUCUAGUUCAUGGCAUGAGAAAGGAAGCUUUGUGUCGAUCCCUAAGGGGCCUUGGGGUUGUCUUAGGAGGCGUGAGAGAUCUGGUAAUAAUUUUGAUGGGAAUUCGUCGUUUUUGUACGAUCCUUUCGUUGGUUCGAAUUUGAAUUUUUCGGCUAGUGUUGAUGGUAAGCUUGAGACUCUGGCCAGCACCACUUCGAUUAAUUCCCAAGAUGGCAAGGAAAGCUUGAAAGAGCUUAAACAACGUUCUCCUCCGGUUUUCGAAAUCGAUGAUGAACCUUUUGCUGUGGCUAAGAAGGAAUUAGCAGUGGUUGAGUCCCAGUGCGGCAGCGACAAAAACUCGAUUAGAGUCUUAGAACAAGCUCUGGACGAAGAGCAUGCCGGUCGUACUGCUCUGUACUUGGAGCUCGAGAAGGAGCGAAUCGCUGCUUCUACUGCUGCGGAUGAGGCUAUGGCAAUGAUAUUGCGCUUGCAAGAGGAGAAGGCGGCCAUCGAAAUGGAAGCUAAGCAAUAUCAGAGGAUGAUUGAAGAAAAAGCUGCGUUUGAUGCCGAAGAAAUGAACAUUCUUAAAGAGAUUUUAUUGAGAAGAGAAAGGGAAAAACUUUUCUUGGAGAAGGAAGUCGAAGCUUACAAGCAAAUGUUCUUCGACAAAGAUCAAUCGGAUACCGAUGUAUACGACAUGACAGCUUCACAGGAACAAAUAACUUCAUAUGUGGAGCCAGUGUUAAUGUUGGAGCAGUUCCCUCAAUCUAUCCUGUCAUCGAAUCAGUCUCUCGAUUUUGGGAAAGAGUUACUGAUUCCGGUACUCAGUGAAGAUGCUGGUAUCAAUCGUAAUGUUCUCGAUGUUCAUGUCGUUAAUGAAGAUAGCGAAAACAGAAAGGAUAACAAAUCAGUUACCUCAACCAGUGAUGGACUAGAAUCUGAACCUUGUAGGAAAAGAAACAGUUCAGACAGAUCUGGUGGGUUGCCACCACUUGCUCCAUCACAAGUCAAAUCUUUACCUUUGAUUUCUCGUCGAAAUUCUAUGUCUGCUUUCGAUUAUGAAAAGUAUAAAAUCGACAAUGAAGUCGGGUUGCUUAGAGAAAGGCUGAGGAUCAUACAGCAUGGAAGAGAAAAGCUCAACAUCCCUACAUGCCCCAAGGAAAGGGAACAAUCUCAGAAGCAAACAAUGGAAAAUAUUGCAAAUCAACUUCGAGAGAUUCGACAAUUAUCGGUCCCCGGGAAGGCUUUGCGGCAGGCAUCUUUACCCUCUCCAUCCUCUAAGGUUAUGUCGAAGAAAAGACAUCGACAAGGUGCUCCUUUAGGAGCGAUGAAAAGCAAUUGAAGGAUGGUACUGACAGAAUUUCGAUAGAUCAGAUGAGCUAGAUAAUUCAAUUGGUUGGAUCCAUUUGUUACCGAGCUGAUAUCUUCGGACGGUUUCGAUCGCAACUUCCCGAUGAUUGCACAAGUUCCUGAAAGAAAUGAGCUUCCAUCGAUCAAACUUCUCGUAAUUACCACUUCGACCUGGGUUUCGGGUGCUCGACCUUUCAUUAAGGUUAUUAUAUGUAGUAAUGUCUACAACCGAUGUAUAGUAAACGAUGAAUAAAGCUUCCGACUACUGUACCGAACACGAAGUUAUUACUACAACGA